AUGGAGAUUUGUACGAAAAACUAUCACAGUGACGAGAGCAUGAUGAGUAUCCUUGCAAUCGACUAUUUGGUGAUUGGAGGUAGGUAAAAUUCAUUCCACGCUCUCUUUCUACCAAGGUGCUUUCUAUCAGUGCACGAAUGAGUUAGCACCUUAAGUCAAGGGUUACCUGCCUCUUAUAAGCCAGCCCCCCAGUUAUGAUAAUAGUCCAAUCUACCUGUAAAACAAAAACACAUGCAACUAUAAGUCUCCCCGAAUAUAAGCUCCUCUCCAAAUGUAUUGAAAUAAAUUCCGCUCAUUAUGACGUUUUGCACUUUAUACCUUGCACCUACCCCGUAGUCAUGUUGACCCUUUGGGGUGCCUCAUGGACCUAGCCACCGUUUUCCACCAUUUGACUUACUUUUCAAAUUCUCUUAGGGCGUCGAAAAACCUCAACCCUAUCUGAAUGAGAAUUUAUUAUCCCAGCACGUCCUUUAUCUUCUUCUUCUUCCCUCUCCUUGCAAUGUUUCUUGUAAAUUACCGUAAAAUUCCGAAAAUAAGCCCCGGGGCUUAUAUUUUUCAAAGGCCCUGUUUGAGGGGCUUAUCUACGGAGGGAAAUUUGGAUUUACAAAUUGACUGGGCUAACCUUACAGUUGGAAGUAAAUAUACCCUUUUUGUGUUGUUUUACUUUGUAUUUGAGGGCAAUUUUCCAAGUACAAGCCCCCGGGGGCUUUUAUUUGGAGGGCCUAUUUAACGGAGGGUUUUUUGUGUCACCGGUUUGGGGGGCUUAUGUUUGGAGGGUCUUAUACAUGGGGUGGGCUUAUUUUCGGAAUUUAAUGGUAUCUUCGCGAGCCUUGCCAAUCUUGACAUAUACCCAAACGAAUUUGGCUUAGUUAUUUUUUUUAACGGGGAUAACCUGUCGGCAUAGGCCCUGAUGGCUUGUCUGAUGACUCCAUUGGAAAUGUGGUCUUUGUAUGGGAUGCCAAGGCAGUUUCCUGAACAUCCUUUUUCAGUAGCCUGUAAUUUCUACUAUGUUUGCUGCGAAUGCCGAGGCUUUGCUGGCGUACAAGUGUACCGACACAACUAGGGCAUUCUUGUCGCUCCAGAUUUUUUUUUCACUAAUGCUGCUAUUGUCUGUGCAAUUAUAAACACUUCAGGCUUGGAACCUUGAUCUGAUACUUAAAACUGUCAACUUCGUCCAAGUUUUUGCAGUUGACCCUUGUGUCUAUGUUGAUGCCAUAUGUGUUGUUGGUUUUCAUUUUGUGUUUCUUUUAGCUAAUUUCCUUGCUAAAGUUAGACGAGAUCUUGUCCAGGCAAUCUAGUUCCUCCUUCUACUCUACCACGCGAUCAAUGUCAAUGGCAGAACGCGAGUUGGUGAUUGUCCUACCAUCGAUGCUGGCUGUUCUUUGGGUGAUCUUCCAGUGCGUCAGACAUAAUUCUUUCCAGAAAGAUGUCGCUGAGAGCAGACAGAAACGAGUCGGCGAGAGCAGGCAGCCCUCUCUGACUCCGACCGUCGUUCUGAAGCAGUCUUCUAUGCCACCAUUACGGUAGACUGCACUGGUGGCUACUGUAGAUGUCCCCGAUCAUGUUUGCGUCAAUGUUAUGAAGGCUCAUAGGAGGUAUCUCUCACACAGUUUCCUGAGGUUAAAGAUCUUUUCUGCUGUGCCGCUUUCUAAUCUGACGCCUGUCUGUUCUUCCACAAUGAUUGUUGUUGCCUGGGGCUUUAGCCUGUUAAACAGAACCAUCAUGAUGACUUUACUUGCCUUCAUGGGUGAAGUCUCACCGCAGGCUGAUGGUGCGAUAGUUUUUUUGCGUUGAUGAAGGCCACAUUUCUCGGGAAAAGUUGUGAUCAUGGACAGGGUCCAUUGUGAGGGCCAUUCUCGUGGCUGCCAGAUGCUAUUGCAGAUAGGGCACUUAUUACGGUAUCUCCUCCAGCUUGGACCAACUACCCCGGGAUACUGUCUAUUUCUGGAGAUUUUCCCUUUCAUAGCUGCUUCAAACUAUUCCUGCAGGAUUGUGGGUAGUUCUGUGUUGGUUUAACAUUCGGCACCACCGGGUAAGGCCUGUGCAAUAUCCCGUCCACCUCUUUAGAAUGUCCUGGGCUUCGCUAAGGCGACUCCUUUCUUCUUCUUGUAUGGUGUUAAGUUUAUCCUCGUUUUGUGCUACUUAAAACGUUUUAUUUUUAAGUAGAUAUGCUUUCUUGCUAUUGCUCGUCUUGAUGUUACCUUCAGAAUCUUGACACUGUUCGUCAGUCCAAGACUCGUUUGCCUUUUUAUGGCUUUCCUUGAUUGAUUUCCGGGUUUACUGCUCCGUACUUUUUUAAUGCUUGUCAUAUUCUGUUUCGCGAUAAUUGGCAUUUAAGGUUUGCUGUCAUGUCAAUCUUCUUUCCCAGAAGCUGCAACACCGAAUCAAGGAUCACAAACGUCUGGUCUAAUAUAAAACAAAAUCUCUGAUUGGUUGAUCACAACGUAUUUAUCACAUGCAAAUCACCUUCCAAAACCAAAAAAAACGUAAACACGUUGAUUUGGUUUUGAUAGGUCAUAUCUGUGUACACAUGCGAGAAAAUUUGGUUAUGACGUCAUCGGCUCGUACAGACUUUCAGGGAGGGACUAAGUCAGACCCUGCAAGUAAGGACAAGAGGGAGUUUAAAACAAUAAAGGUUGCUUUUGUCUUCGCGAAAUUUAACCGGUUCACCUAGAGGCAGACAAAAAAAUUGUUCCAGUAAAAAUCUUGAGUUUUUUUCUUUGACACACGAGUAAAAAACUUUGAAAAAUAUACUCUUAAGGCUUGCUUUUAGCUUUGUCACGCUUUUGUCAAUGCUCUAGAACCACUCUAAUCUCGGGCCCCGUCCACACGAAUAGUCCUUCCGUCCACACGAACCAGUGAAUCCGCACACCGAAACCGCAUAUUUUUGAAACCACUCUCCAGAGUAGCUUUUUUGGGAUCCGACGGGUUUGGUGAAUUCGUGUGGAUGACUAAAAUCGGAUAUUAAUGAAGUUAACCACGUAAUGAACUCAAGUCCAGUCUUAAAGGAUGGUUUUCACUAGCGACGGAGUCGAAGUCGUAAUCAGAAGCGUAAAGCGUUAUGACUUAGUGAAAACUGCGUUCCUAUUCCGCUUACGACUCCGUCGCUUACGUUCCAGUUAUGAUCUAGUGAAAACCAGAUUAUCGGAGUAGGAAGCGGAAGCGGAAGAUCUAAAGCUCACAAAGUGCUGGAACGUGCAUUGUGAUCGGUUUAAUUCCUUCCGCUUCUGCUUCCGACUCCGACAAUCUGCUUUUCACUAGGUCAUAAGCUCUCUUACGACUUCGCUUAGAAUUUCGACUCCGACUUCGUCACUAGUGAAAAUUAGCCUUAAAUGAAAAAUCAAAAUGGGGGACAGCAAUGUUCUGUUGUUUUCAAAAGCUAUGAAAUGAUGGAUAAAAACGCUGAAACUAGAAGAGAUGGUCGGCCAGUGUGCUCAAUAUAGCUACAACAACAUCCUAAAAAGCCGGGAAAUCACAUCGCCUGCUUCAUUUGAGCGUGCGUAAUAGCUAGAGAUAAGCAAAUAUGUAUUGCAUAAGCGUGUUCAUGAGGACGGGUGAUUUUAAACAGGAUACACCUCAACAAAAUUGUGUUGACGCAAAUAUCAAAUGUGGUUUCGGCGUAUCCGGAUUCGUGUGGACGUGGCCUCAGAUUGGUCAAAGUUUGGAUAGGUGUAUUCAUGGUUGAAAAAGGGUAAACAUGCAUGCAGCUAAAAUGUUGUGUAAUUUUAAGUUUUAAAGUUUAUGUGUUCUUGUAAUGCUGCUAAAAGUCACUAACACUUAAUAUUGACUAUGAAUUUUGCUGUUUAUAUGAUGCUAGACUUGGAUCCUUGCAUUAAUGUGACAUGUGGCUACUAUCGUUAUUGCAAGGCAUUGGCACCUCAUGUUGUUCGCUGCGUCUGCGCAGACAUUUGCCCGUCCUAUAAAGAACCAGUUUGUUCUUCGAACGGCACGACCUAUGAUAACAAAUGCCUGUUUGAACAAGAAACGUGUUCUCUGCAGCUGAACUUUACGAUACAGCAUCCCGGCAGCUGUGA